ACACAGAAUGUAAAAAGCACGGCUUCCUCUCUUCCAAAUCAGCAUUUUUUAAGAAAUAAUUCAACAAAAUGUCACUCAGCUCACUUUCUUAGUUGUUUCCUCUAUGAAAAAAAAAAAAACUUCACCAUAGCCAUUUCACUUGAGAAUCUCUUCUCUUAAUUCAACAACCAGAUCUCAUCAAAUACUUCUACUUUUUCUAUUAAAUAAUCCAUUAGUUCAUCUGCUUUUUUCACUUUUUUAUCACAUCUCAAAAGUGUAUGGCUGUACUAGCGGGGGGUAAUCCGAUCGCUGUAAUUCCAGUAGAUAAACAGAUGGGUAUACCGCCGUUAAAUUCUUUACCGGUGGGUUACCGUUUUCGACCAACGGAUGAGGAGCUUGUUAAUCAUUAUCUACGGUUGAAAAUUAACGGUGCUGAUAGUCAAGUCAGCGUUAUUCGUGAAGUUGAUAUUUGUAAACUUGAGCCUUGGGAUUUACCUGAUAUGUCAGUGGUAGAGUCAAAUGACAACGAGUGGUUCUUCUUCUGCCCAAAGGAUCGUAAGUACCAAAAUGGGCAGCGACUGAACCGAGCAACAGAACGAGGCUACUGGAAAGCUACUGGUAAAGAUAGGAACAUUACUACUAAGAAGGGAACAAAAAUUGGGAUGAAGAAGACGUUGGUGUACUACAUUGGCCGAGCUCCUGAAGGCAAGAGAACUCAUUGGGUGAUUCAUGAAUACCGUGCAACUGACAAGUCAUUGGAUGGAUCACACCCUGGCCAGGGUGCUUUUGUGCUUUGUCGUCUGUUUAAGAAGACUGAUUUGAAGCCGGAUGUUGAAAAUUCCACUUUAGAUGCUGAACAGAAUGCUUCAGCUGCCAAAUCACCUAUGGAAGAUGAAUUAUCAGAGGCAGCGACUCCAUUAGAGGUCAUACAACCUUUAAAUGAUAGUGAUAAAGGCUAUGCAGCAGAGUUUUCCAAAGGUGAGAUGUAUGGCAAACAAAUAUCCAUUGAGAGUCACAACAAUAGCUGUAUUGCUGAUGAUGCUGAAGAUCAAAUGUUGGACAUAACAUCCAUACCGGAGCUAGCAAAAAUGUUUGGAAAUUUUGGUGACCCGUCAUUGCAGCCUGGAGAUUGGAAGAUCUUCUCCCCACUGCACUCACAGAUGCAGGUGGAAUUUGGAUCUUCCUAUUGGCAAGCUCCCUUGAAUAAUGACAUCUCUGCUUAUCAAAAAGAUGUCCAGUUUCAGUAUGGAACAAAUGCUCUUGAUAUUAAUGACUUUUUGGACUCAGUCAUCAACAACUCAGAUGAGUUGUCAUGUGAAGAUUCUGGACAAGAAUUGGCAUCACAUCAUAUUGACACCAAAAAUUGCAGCAUAACUGGCCCGAUGAUUAAGGACUCUGGAUCCUGUAGUGAGUCAGAAGCAGAAGUUACCCAAAGCCUGGUUGAGCCAGAAUUCUUUGAUCCUGAGGUGCUGUGGGGCAAUUUGGAUGAGACUGCAGUUAAGAGAGAAGUUAAUUCCAAUGGAACUACGGUGCUACAGGCUCAUGGUGGACCUUCUGUUAGCAGUGAUCAUACUGUAGGAAAUCUAGGUUUCCUUCAAAAUUCCUACCCUGGGCAUUAUGGUUAUCCUGCUGGUUUUGGUGAAAGUCAGGUCCCGAGCUUCCCAAGUGUAGAACAAUCAGGUGGUUACAUUAAUGUAUUAAGCCAUUCUGGCUCAGGAACUGGAAUAAAAAUCAGGCCCAGGCAAAUACAUAAUCCACCUGAUGACAUGCAGCCUAGACCACAAGGAAAUGCUAACAGAAGAAUACGUCUCCAAAUGAAAAUGCAAGUUGGACCAGUUGAGUGUGGCAUUCGUAGUCGGGGGGCAGAAAGUCAUCAAGCAGUAUCUGAGGGUGAGAAAGCCACUGAUGAACAUAGUUCCACUGCCAGUGAUACAACAUGUGAAAAAUAUGAGGGAGUUAGUGGGGACACUGAUGACUUGAGCACCCGAGUGGAAGAUGCAGAUGAUUCUCUAGUUCAAGAAAGUCUUGAUGCGUCCUUGAAGACUGCUUCAAAGCUCUCAACUUCAUCACAUGUUUACAUGUCCAAGGUUCUUGUGGUUGCAAGUCUGCUAGCGGUCGUCAUCGGUGUCUGGGGUUUCAUUGGUGUCUCGGGUUACUUUAGACUCUCCGUAUAGUGUGGCAUCGGCUACCUGACUUGUAUUUAGAGAUUCCUAAUGUAUGAGGGGCAUGUGUUCUGGGUAUAGCAUGAACAGGCCUUUCCUGUUUGAAUUUAUCCAAUAUGUUUAUUGCAGCAGGAACUUGAGUUGAGACAUUAGAGAUUGCUAGUGUAUAUUUUGAAGGGCUUGCUCGUUUUGUACAUGUAUCUCUAAGAGUAGGACCUUACUAUUGAGUUUC